AGUGGAGAAAAAGUGACUGUAACCGUAUCUCCAAAGAUAUCACCACCUACCGUUCUAAAAGCUGGUGUUAAUUUGAUUACUUACAUGCAACAGAUAAAAAUGGAAAUAGUGCAUCUUGCAAAGUUUUUGUAAAUGUUCAAGACAAGGAAAUACCACGUAUAAGAUGUCCAAAGAAUGUAGUUGUUGAAAGUGACACUUCAACUCGAGUAUAUUGGGGUAACGUUAUAUCAAUGGACAAUGUAAAUACAAAAAGCAUUACGUUUAAUCCGCCAAAUGGAACUAUCUUUCACUCAAACAAAUACCAUAAAGUUGUUGCUAUCGUAACAGAUACCAAUGGAAACAAAGACAGUUGUGUUAUUGAGGUUUAUGUUAAAGGUUGUGGAUGUCUAAAACGGACGUGUCCCAAUUACAAACCAGACAAGGGUAUAUCUACUUGUCAUUUUAACAACCUUGGAACUGGUCUCAUGAUCAGUUGCAGACUAGAAUGCCCAAAAAAUCGAUCCUUUGUUGAUGCUCAUUUUCCAGAGAAAUCAGAUAUUCAUUGUAGGCCCAAAACUGGAUGGGAGAAAAAAUACAUUCCUGGUUGUGCAGCAAGAAAAAAUAUUACAUCAUGUCUAAACGCUACAAUGACAAUUGCAUUCAACUCGACCAUUACUGGAAAGGUUAACAUGACCUCUUUGGAUGACAACAUACAAGGAUUACUGAAUCAAUUGCAUGCACAGACCGCCAGCUGUAGGGACAUUAAAUUCAACAUUGUUCAAAAUACUGUUGCUAGUAAAAACAUUGUCACUAAUUUCAAGUUUGAUCCAAAGCCAAGUGUUUUUAUCUUCCAUCAAGUGGGUAAAGUUCUGGACGCUUGCUCAAAAGACUUAUCAGCGACAAUGCAAGCUAAAAAAUCAGAAAUAUUAACUUUAGUUACUGAUUCAAGAAAUAGUAUGUAUGGAACAGAUUUUAGUUUUACUGCAGUCAGUUGUUGUAACAACACGAAACAUUAUUGCUGUCCAACUGGUCAUCUUAUUCGGACUCCAUCAAACUCGUAUGUUAUCAAUGGAAUUUGUUUGGCCUGCGGUCCUGGCACGUUUCACAAUGCUACUGCAAACAAAUGUCAAAGUUGUCCUGUCGGGACAUUUGCUCCGAGUAAUGGUUUUGGUGAUUGUAUGAAAUGUCCAUCAGGGAAAAGCACUUUAUCGAUUCAUUCAACAGCUUGCACAGAUCUCUGCAGCCCUGGAAGUUUCUCAUCAACGGGUUUACAACCAACCUGUAGAAAAUGCGAUUACGGUGAAUAUCAAUCCCAAUUUGGUAUGAAAGAAUGCGUAAAAUGUCCAGCUGGAACAACAACUGCUAAUAGAGGAGCCUCCAAUGUAAAAGAUUGCAACGCACCAUGUCCAACUGGAAAAUUCUCUCCAACUGGAUUAUCUAACUGCACAGUAUGUGAAAAGGGAACAUAUCAAGAUGAAACAGGCCGUUCAAUCUGUAAACAAUGUCCUUCAGGAGGAAUAUAUGCAGGAAAGCAAGGCGCAACAUCUGUUAAAGAAUGUCCAACAACUAACCCAUGUGAUCAAAAGCUUUGCCAGAACGAAGCGCAAUGUAACCCUGGUAACUACACCUUCACGUGCAGCUGUAAACCUGGAUGGACGGGAAAAUAUUGCGAAAUCGAUAUUGAUGAAUGUGAGUCAUCACCGUGUGGAAACUUUGGAAACUGCACUGAUCUCGUCAAUGGUUACAACUGUACAUGUAUGAGGGGAAUAACCGGUGCAAAUUGUGAAACAAACAUAAAUGAUUGUAAGAAUGACAGCUGUAAAAAUAUGGGCAUCUGCGAAGAUAAAGUAAAUGAUUUUAAAUGUUUUUGUCCUGCUGGAUUUACUGGUAAAAGAUGUGAGAUUGACAUCAACGAAUGCGACCCUUCACCUUGUAUGCACAAUUCCACUUGCACGGAUCUAAUUAAUAACUUCAGAUGUAACUGCCCGCCAGGUUAUGAAGGCAAACGAUGCGAAAAAGAUAUUGAUGAGUGUCUGUCUAUGCCAUGUUUUAAUAAUGCAACAUGUGUUGAUUUGAUCAAUGAUUUUCAAUGUGUGUGUAAACCAGGCUAUACAGGAAAAUAUUGUGCAGUGGAUGUCGAUGAAUGCGAGAAGAAACCAUGUCAAAACAAUGCGUCAUGCGUUGAUCUUGUAAACGCUUACAGAUGUCAAUGCAAACCAGGUUACACUGGAUUCAAUUGUUCAACAGAGAUAAACGAGUGUGAUCCAUCACCAUGUUUACGAAAUUCCACCUGCACUGAUUUGGUGAAUAAAUUCAAAUGCAAUUGCGAAGCUGGUUACUAUGGUGAUCGUUGUGAAUUUGAAAAAAAUGAAUGCGAAAGUUUACCUUGCAAAAAUAAUGCGAUAUGUAUAGACAAAGUCAAUGAUUAUCAAUGCGUCUGUCCUUUUGGAUACACUGGCAAAGAUUGCGAAACAAAUAUAGAUGAAUGUCAACCUAACCCCUGCUUGAAUGGUGCAACUUGUAAUGAUUUGAUUGGUGAUUACAGUUGUACGUGCCAACAUGGAUACACAGGCAGAAACUGUUCCACCAUCAUUGACAACUGUGACAGUGCACCUUGCAAAAACAAUGGUAACUGUACAAACCAAGUUGGCAACUAUACAUGUUUCUGUCCACCUGGCUACUCUGGAAGAGAUUGUGAAACAGACAUUGAUGAAUGCCAACCAGAUCCUUGCAAUGGAAGAGCUGUGAACUGUACUAACUUAAUUGAUGAUUACAUUUGCUAUUGUCAACCGCGUUAUCGAGGAAAGAACUGUUCCAUUGAGAUUGAUAACUGCAAGCCUCAGCCAUGCUUUCAUAACUCGACUUGCACUAACGUGUAUCCAACCAAUGACUUUAAGUGCAAUUGUACUCUUGGUUAUUAUGGAAAGCGAUGUGAAAAUGAAACCGAUGAGUGUUUGUCAAAACCGUGUCAAAAUAAUGGAAGUUGCACUGACUUGAUUGGCAAACACAAAUGUUCAUGUCCAACUGGAUUUACAGGAGUGAACUGUGAAACAAAUAUUGACGAUUGUAAAAACGUAUCUUGUCUUAAUGCUGGCAUUUGCAAGGAUUUGGUGAAUGCUCACAAAUGUGAAUGUCCUGUGACGCACAAAGGAAAACGCUGCGAAAAAAAAAUUCCUGACGAAGUUGACAUCAAACUCCCUGGUGGUGCUGAAUCAUUCUUGAUGCAUCCAAACGUAAGCAUGGCAUCUGAAUUCACCUUAUCACUCUGGUUUAGAUACACAACUAACCCAGCAAAGGGGACAAUUUUAACACUCUUGAACAGCAAAAAAGCAAAUCCCACUAAAUUUUUGGAAAUGGAUGAGAAGAAGCUUAUCAUUGCAUCUAGUAAAGUGGAAAUUCAGCUCCAGGAAAGAACAAUAAACAAUAAAUAUUGGCAUCAUAUCUUUAUUGCAUUAUCUGGAUUGACGAAGCAGUUGGUGGUUGCAUUAGAUGGUAGAGUGUUGGAAGCAAGCACACCAGAUUUUCUGCAAAACAUGACCUUCUUUAAACCGUAUGGUUUGGUUGUUCUUGGAAAGAAAGUGAAUGCAUCAGCUUAUCUGAUUGAUGACGGGUUUACUGGAGAAGUGAGUCAACUGGGUAUUUGGGAUCGAAUGUUUACUGAAGCAGAAAGAAUAGCAUUGUCGAAGAAUUGCUCGACUAAUUUGAAUGACUCAAUCAUACCAUGGAUCGGCCUUCUAAAAAAUUCUGGAAAAAACGUCUCUCUCAUUGAAGCAUGGACUUGUGGUAAAAAUCAGUGUCCAUCUGAUUACACUGGACAAUUUUGUGAAACUGAAAUUGAUAAAACCGCUCCAACUGUUAUCAGCUGUCCACAAUCGAAGAAGGUGAUCACACCCAACGCCACCACUAGGGUGUACUGGCCAGAACCCAUCUUCACAGACGAUAAAGGAAUUGUUGAGAUCGUUCGUUCGCAUGCACCUGGGCAAGCGUUUGCAUGGGGAGAUUAUAUUGUGACCUACAUCGCUAAAGACGCGUUUGAUAACUCUGCGACGUGUACCUUUGAACUGUUUGUGACGCCGUUUAAUUGUCCUGAUUUGUUAACACCUAACAACUCCAUUGAUGGGUGUGGCACCUGGAAAUGGGGUCGUUUCUGUAAUUUUGAAUGUCAAAAGAAUUUUGAAUUAGCUGUUCCGAAACCGCCGUUUUAUUCCUGUGGUAAAAUGGGAACCUGGAGUCACGGACCUCCUUUGUAUCCCGAGAAUCCCGAAAAUCUACUUCCGGGAUGCUCAGCAACAUCGAAGCCUGGAACUGCUGGAGUAAACAAAUUCUCGUACCAGGUCUCACAAUGCGACGAAACAUUUAAACAAAACUUUACGCAACAAUUUAAAAAGCUGAUCCUCUCCCUACAAGACACAUGGAAAAUAUGUGGCGAUAGUUGUAACUUUGAAAACAUUCGCGUCAAAUGUACAGGUGGUAGCAGGAUGCGACGCGACGCGUCGGCUGCGAUCGCGUACAACAUGGAAGUGAGUUUUGGUACUGAAUUUCAAAAUCAAAAUCAAACGCUAACAACAGAAUUGCAAGAAAAUAUGAAGGACGGACUAAUUGUUAUGACAGUGAACGUGGACGGUGUUGAUGUUGUCAUGGAUACCAAUACGACGGUUGUUGGAGAGACGAAGUUGAAAUGUGGUAAUGGAAGUACCCUAAAACAGGGUAGAUGUGUGGCAUGCCCUCCUGGUAGCUAUAAGAACGAUACCUCAGAUCAAUGUGAGAAAUGUCCACUUCACACAUACGCUUCUCAGUUUGCUGCUUCUCAAUGUACACCAUGUCCGAGUGGAAGGUUGACUGUGAGUGUCGGAACCAGCGAACUUGCGAAAUGCUUAGCAAGUUGUCCAAUCGGCCAUUAUAUCGACACAAAGGAUUACCAAUGCAAAGCAUGUCCAAUUGGUUUUUAUUCUGACAAAGUGGAGAGUACUAAGUGCACGCCAUGUCCUGCUGGCUCAACAACAUCCGUCAAUUCUGCUACAAACAAAGGACAAUGUACAGUGACGUGUCCAUUGGGUUCAGAACUUAUUGCUUCCAAGUGUACGCCAUGCCUACCUGGUUACUAUAGAAAUAAACUUACUCAGACGGAGUGUGUCUCGUGUCCAUACGGUAAAACCACGUAUGACGCUGGUAACAAAGAUGGAAACUGCCUCAUUAAAUGUCAACCUGGUCAAGAACUGUCGAUGGAUAAACAAAAAUGCAUGGAAUGCAAUGUUGGAUACUACCGUGAAAAGUUGACCAACGUUCAAUGUACGAACUGUCCAGAUAAACACACGACUAAAGGCUUUGCAUCAAAAAGUAGCAACGAAUGUUUUGCGCUACCAAAAGUCACUUUAUACGACGCCACGCUAUCAUUCACGUCAUUAACAUGGAGCAAAGAUAUGACGGACACCAACAGUCCUGCAUUUAGACGUACUGGUCAUUUAAUAACGUCAGCACUCAUAUCUUCGUACAAGAACAACGCUAACUUGAUUUCAAUUGCAGUGAACGAGUUAAGAUCCGGCAGUGUGGUAUCUGUGAUGACGUUCUUGUUUUUGUCUACAUUCGCAAAUCCAUUUGCACCUUUGAAAGAUCAACUCAAAUCAGGAAAUGUGGGAGGAAUGACUGUCAAUGCGUCAACUUUCACGACAGAUCGAUGCUCGCAUUUUACAUGUCCACGUGAUCAGUAUUGUUGGUACAACGAGACAGGUGCUGGUUGCGCAUGCCCAGCUGAUCAUUACAUGAGUAACGACGGACAGAAAUGUUUUGUCGACUGCAAGGAAGGAUAUUGUAUGAAUGGGGGAAGUUGUCGACGAAGCGAAUCGGGAAGGGAAUGCAGUUGUUUGGGAAAAUACAGUGGAGCGCGUUGCGAAGACAAAGACAAUACUCAUGAUUACGCAUUGGUGAUUGGUUUAGUUUUGGCUGCUGUUUUGUUGCUUAUUCUGAUUGGCUGUUGCUUGAAGCGACGAAAGCGAGCGAGCGCACAAGUGAAGGGAGAAGCAUUAACCGACGACGUUGAAGUUAUCAACGGCUACACGGAAAAUGUGUCGACGACACCCAUCGUUGUUCGCAUCGAGCAGAAGAAAGAAACCGACACACUUGCGUUUGUCAAUAACGCUGCCGACUUUGACGACGAUGAACCCGACAACGCCGCUCCUGUACGACAAUCGAGUAAAAUGACGGUAUUUCUUAAACCGAAAUCGGAUGAAUUGGAAAUGGAUGUCGUGACGGGGAAUACACACUUAGAAAAAAAUGAAGAAACAGAAAAAUCUAAAAAUGAAGUAGAGACCAAUAAUCCUCAUAUGUCUUUUAUUUAAAUUUACUUAUUGAUUUUAUUUACUCCAUAAAAAGGUACCUCGAACGUUGAUAUUAAUUCAAUUUUAUAAAAAUGUUCAAUUAGCCCUAAAAAGUACAUUGAACCAACGACUUCAAAUAAGUCAAACAUUAAAAACCUUAAAAACAAGUCCAACCUUCAAAGAGGGUGAAAAAAACAAACACCAUAAAUUUGGUAAAAAGACAAACAUCCAGCUUCAUAAAAAUCAACAAACGUUUGACUGUACCAUAUCUAAUUCUUCUCGCUAUUAAAUUUUGUUUCAUAAACUUUUCUUUAAAAAAUUUUUGUAGAUAUUGUUAAUUUUUUUAAUCUUCCACGCAUUAAUGUAUCCAUCCGAUAUAUAUUUCAUGCGGAGUUGUGAUUUAGUGAACACUUUGUGAAUUUUCUAUCUCCCACUCAAUGGCAUCAGGAAAGUAAUCGAUAAGUCCUCUAAUCCCUGUUAAUUAUGUUACAAAGAUUAUCGUAGAUUACCGUA